CCGCCGCCCUCCCAGCCGCCCGCCCGCCCGCCCGCCCGCCAGCCCGCGCGUCCGACGCGGGGGCCGCCGCCGUCUCUGCGUCCGCCAUGCGCCCCGGGACGCCGGGGCCACUGUGGCCACUGCCCUGGGGGGCCCUGGCUUGGGCCGUGGGCUUCGUGGGCUCCGUGGGCUCCGUGGGCUCGGGGGACCCCGCGCCCGGUGGUGUGUGCUGGCUCCAGCAGGGCCGAGAGGCCACCUGCAGCCUGGUGCUGAAGACUGACGUCAGCCAAGCGGAGUGUUGUGCCUCCAGCAACAUUGACACCGCUUGGUCCAACUUCACUCACCCGGGGAACAAGAUCAGCCUUCUGGGCUUCCUGGGCCUUGUCCACUGCCUCCCCUGCAAAGAUUCGUGCGAGGGCGUGGAGUGCGGCCCCGGCAAGGCGUGCCGCAUGCAGGGGGGCCGCCCGCGCUGCGAGUGCGCGCCCGACUGCGCGGGGCUCCCGGCGCGCCUGCAGGUCUGCGGCUCCGACGGCGCCACCUACCGCGACGAGUGCGAGCUGCGCGCCGCGCGCUGCCGCGGCCACCCGGACCUGCGCGUCAUGUACCCGGGACGCUGCCGCAAGUCCUGCGCGCACGUCCUGUGCCCGCGGCCGCAGUCGUGCGUGGUGGACCAGACGGGCAGUGCUCACUGCGUGGUGUGCCGCGCGGCGCCCUGCCCCGCGCCCUCCAGCCCCGGCCAGGAGCUCUGCGGCAACAACAACGUCACCUACAUGUCCUCGUGCCACCUCCGCCAGGCCACCUGCUUCCUGGGCCGCUCUAUCGGCGUGCGCCACCCGGGCAGCUGUGCAGGUGCGGCGCGGAGCGGGGAGCAGCGGCGGGGUCUAGCGUCCCGCCCCUCUCCGCGCCCCCAUUUCUCUUUUCGUCCCUCCCACUCUGCAGGCACCCCUGAGCCGUCAGAUGCAGAGUCGGAGGAGGAGGAGGAGAACUUCGUGUGAGCCUGUGGGGCCGGCUUGGGCCUGGCGUUCAAGGCCUCCCCGUUUUAUUUAUUGCCACAGCCGAAUCUAAUUUAUGUCCCAUGGACGCUCCCCAGAGCCUGGACCGGGACCACCUGGGGGGGCCCGGGAGCCCCCUGACAAUAUCUUGGAAGGAUUGCGGGGGAGGAGGCCUGGGAGUGUGGCUGGUGGGUAGGGCUCCCGCCGCAGGUACCGUGCUGCCCAGGACGACCCCAUGCUGCUUCUGCUCUAGGGGAUAACUUAAUUAUCGCCACCACCGAGAGGGCUGGGAACUCACCCCUGCCGGCAAUUAAUGAAGAAGCACCCCAGUCUUCCCGACUACAGACUGGGAGUGAGGAAGGGGUCCACGGCCUGGGUGUGUAUAAAUGAGCCUCAGAACCUACCCAGGCCUCAGAUAGGCCAAGGAAGCAGCCACUGUCCCCAACCAGCUCAAGAACUCCAGGGCUUGCCUUCCCUCCUGCCCCCAUUUCCCUAGUACGUCCUGUGGUGGCCCCUUAGAAAAGCCCAGCUUGUCCCCUGGAGUGGGUGAGGGGCUGUCUGUGUCUCCUGACACAGGCCUUGGGCCAGCAUCAGCCCAGAGCGGGGCAUUAUGUCCAGUGGUGCCCAGUGCACUUAGGGCAGGACCCAGUGGGGCACAGGAGCCCCUGCUCACCCACUGGCCCGGGGUGGGGUAUAUGUGCCAGGACCCACUCUACCCUGCCUCCUGGAGCCACGUGUCUGAGCGGCACCCCUAGUUCUGGCUGCCCCAUCCACAGGUGAGGUCCAGACCAAAGCCUCUCAGUCCUGUGAGACUUGCCCUGGCCAAGCCCCUAAGCCCAGUUCCAACUGGACCCUCCUCACCCACCAGCCGGCUCAGGAGUCUUGACACCAGCCAGAUGCUGGCCUUGGGCCAAGUCCCUGCUUUCUCUCUGGGCUGUUGCUUGGUGUCCCUGCCCCAUGUCUGCAUGUGGACCAGAGGGUCAGGCCACACGUGGGUGGCCCAGCAGGCAAGAGUCCAGCUCUGAGUUUGGGGGAGCCGCACAGGAGCGGUUGUGCUCUGCCUCUCCUAGCCCCUCAGAAGUGCCUUACCUGUGACCCUGAGAAGUGCCCUUUAGUAAUGGGUUCACCCGAGCCCCCCGACAAGGCCAUCUCCCCUAGCCUGGGGUCCUGCCUCACCAAAGAAAUAAAGACUCCACUUUGGAGUGUCCAA